AAGAAUUCCCUCUCAAAUCACAAAAUUUGAAUUCAUACUUAAAAAACCAUUCAAAGAAAUAGCAACAAAUUUAAUGCCACACAAUUAAAUCACAACGUUCGAAAACCACAAACUCCCUGCAAUCACGCUCUCUGUUUUUUUUCCUUUCUCUUCAUGGAACAAGAAGAAACCGAUUGCACCCACCAGCCCGGCUCCACCCCCAGCUCGGCUCAAGUACCUCCAUCUUCGUCAUUUGUGACUCUCUCCCCAUUCCCUCCAAUCCCAUCUCCCUCCUCCCGCCGCCGCCUCUCCAGCCACUUCACGCCGACCCGAGCCAUCACGUCGUCUCUGCGGCUGGCCUGGGUGUCUUUGCGAGGGCGGCUUGUGAAUGCAGAGGAAGCCAGCUCGGCUAAUGCCAUUGGGUUGAGACUGGAGGAUGGUGUGGCUUGGGAGCUGUUUAGUCCUGCUCAAAGGUUUCUGAUUGUUGCUGUUAUUGGUGUUGCUGUUUCUGAGUCUAAAAAGAAUGGGAUCAUUAAUCAGCUCAAGAAGUCUGUGGAGCUUAGGGAUCAGGUGCUAUCAAGCAUGCAGCAGAAGCUUGAUAAUCUGUGUGAUCAGUUGAGUAACAUUAACAGCCAGGCAGGAACUAAGGCCAAUGCAUCAUUCAACAACAAGAACGUAGAACCGCCAUCUAAUGAUGUUUUUGGUUGUGAUAAAAUUAAAUUUGUUGACUGUGGUUGUUGGCAUUGUGAUCAACACCAAGACCUGCUUGCUGGUUUGAUGGGAAACUCUGUUGUCAAAGUUUCUAGAGGUGAUGAGGUGCUGCAGUACAAAAUGCCUUUCAUAAAUGAGGUGGAGCAUGAAGAGCGUCGCAUGUCAGAUUUGUCAGAUUGGGCUUCAAGUGUUACAUCUGCAGCAGAUAUGCAGAUGAACGUUUUUGCAAUAGACCAAGACAUCUGCAAUCUCAAGAGAGAGUGUGAAGAGAAGGAUGCCACCAUAAAGGAGCUGGCUGGUAUUCUUCAAUCAAAUAAUAUGGCAGGUUCUAAGAGAAUUGGAGAGUUGGAAGACAUUAUAUGCAGGAAGAACACAACGAUUACAAGACUUAGGAAGGACAUGAUGGUAUUAGAACAAAAGGUGGUGAAUCUUACAAGACUUCGGAGACCAUCCUCCUCCUCAUUUUCUAUCUCAGACAGUUCAAAACUUCCUCUCAUGGUGAAUAACGUAGUUUAUGACAUGGAUAGUGCCGCUAGUCCUUCCUCCUCUGAUUCAGAUUCCUCUCCUGUGAACCGACCACAAGCUCCCGCUGCUAAAAUUGAGGAGACUCCUGUUCAGAGUACUGAGCUUGGUUUAACAAAAAACCAGAAAUCAGCACCAGCAAAGGCUUCCAGUUCUCUGGUAGGAUUAACCGAGUUUCACAUACAGUCUAGAUCAGAAAAUCCUCUUAAAGAAAUAUCAGCAAAUCAAAAGUCCAUUGGACUUCCUUCUUCGAGGUCAAAGCAGUUGUCAGCUGAAGGGGACAUCAGGAAGAUUAGAAGGCGGACUCAAAGUGCAACUAAGAAUACAUCUUCCAAUAAGAGAUGGGUCUAGAAGUUGGCAUGAAGUUUCACAUCUCAGAAUCUGAAAAAUGAGGUUUAUGGGGUAGAAGAAGUCUGUAGAGAAUGGAUAACUCAUGUUGCUGUUGUUAUAUAUUAUGUUGUUGUUAACGUAGUAGAAUUUCAAAACUAGUGAACCUAGUUUUAGGUAGAUGUGCAGACCUAAUAUUUAUGUGUUGGUGUAAAAAUAUCAGCUUUAGUGACUUCCUCCUGUUGAUAAUUUCUUCUUCUUCUUAUUGACUGUGUGAGUUUUCUUCUUC